AGAGAAGUUUCUUCGCCUCUUAUCUCCCUCUCUCUCUCUCUCUCUCUCUCUUCCCAAGUCAUGGGCUCAUCUUUGCUCUCACCUCUCUCGAGCCUGCACUGUAAAAUCCCGUCCAAACCCAAAGAUAAACUCGCGGAUUGCACUCCCAUUCUGUCCGCAAACACCUUCUCCGACGCUUCUCGCUCCUCCUCCUCUUCUUCUUCUUCAACCUCUUCUUCUGCUCUAUGUUCUUCUUCGUCCCGCGCGCCGUCGUCAUCACGCCCCGUCCGCCCUCUUCGCAAAACCGCCCCUCUCGCUGCCUCGCUCGCCAUCCUCUUGUGGUCGAAUCCAGCUAAAGCCGGAUUUCUCUCUGGAUUGCCUGGAAUGGAGUCUGUCCCUGGCCCUGAAUUGCCUAAGAUUGAGUUUCUCGAACGGUUUAACGAAGAGAACCAGAAGAAGUACGCAGAAUUUGAUGAAAGGUUCAAGCAAUCUCCUCUGCUCAAGAAGCUGCUGGAGCAGUCGAAGCUCAAUAAGGAGAAGAACAAGCAAGAGAUACAAGACAAAUACUGCAUCCGCGGAGCCGAGUGGGGCGUGGGAGAUUGUUCGGCAGAAGCUAUGUCUCCGGAAGAUCGAGAAAACUUCAUUGCCAUGUUAAAGCAGAAGGCCGGCGUAAAAUGAAGGGAGUCUCUUCACUUUUCCAACUGGAGAUGCAACGACCCUGUUAACCAGUCAGGUUGUUCGUUGGUCGAUCACGCCACCCGGUUUCACAGCAAACAACCCUCUGUUUCCUCUUCCUUCCCUGUAAUGUGUGAUGCGGAUCUGAUCCAGACGAGUAAUACUAGUCAUGCAUAACGGUGAUUUAGCUCAUUGUAGCUUAUAUGCUGCUUCCCGAGCUUCACGUCAUGAAUUCGAGCCCGGUACUGCGCACCGAUCGAGUUCGAUAUCA